UCUCAGAUUGAGGUUUCGAUUUAAACAUACCAAUUCAGAUUCAGAGAAAAUGAACGAUCUACUAGGGAGUUCUUUCUCUGGAUUCAGAGGCCGUACAGACGGCACCAGCACCUUCGUGGAUGUAGAGAUGUCCUCAGCCGCAAACACGGGAGGAGGAGGAGGAGGAGUGAAUCUAGACAAGUUCUUCGAAGACGUAGAAGGUAUCAAAGAUGAGCUCAAAGAAAUGGAAAGACUCCACCAACGUCUCCAACAAUCUCACGAGGAGAGCAAAACCCUUCACAACGCCAAGUCCGUGAAAGAUCUCCGAUCCCGCAUGGACUCCGACGUCUCCACAGCCCUAAAAAAGGCCAAAAUCAUUAAGGUCAGACUCGAAGCCCUAGACCGAGCCAACGCAGCCAAUCGAAGCCUACCAGGCUGUGGGCCUGGAAGCUCCUCCGAUCGCACACGAACAUCCGUGGUGAGCGGCCUUAGGAAGAAACUCACUGACUCCAUGGAAGGGUUCAACAAACUGAGGGAGCAGAUCUCUGGAGAGUACAGGGAGACGGUGGAGAGGAGAUACUACACGGUGACCGGAGAGAAGCCGGAUGAAAAGACGGUGGACGGGCUGAUAUCGACGGGUGAGAGCGAGACGUUCUUGCAGAAAGCGAUACAGGAACAGGGGAGGGGACAGAUACUGGACACCAUAUCGGAGAUUCAGGAAAGGCACGAUGCGGUGAAGGACAUGGGGAGGAGUCUGGAGGAACUGCACCAAGUGUUCUUGGACAUGGCAGUGUUAGUACAGCAUCAAGGAGAGCAAUUGGAUGAUAUAGAGAGCCAUGUGGCGAGGGCCAACUCAUUUGUUAGGGGAGGGACAGAGCGAUUGUUCACAGCCAAGAAGACGCAGAGGAGCACCAGGAAAUGGACUUGCAUUGCCAUUAUCCUAUUACUCAUCAUCAUCCUCGUCACCGUUCUUCCCAUCGUCCUCAGAAACACCGGCAGCAGCAAUUCGCCGUCCCCGGCGACUCCGGCGACUGCGGCACCUCCACCUCCGACAACUCCAUGA